UGUCAAAUGUAAAAUAGGUUAGAAUUUUAGAAAAGUGAUUCAUAACAAAUUUCAUAAUUUUUCUCAUUUUUUUUAAUUACAGAGUGUAAAAAAAGUAGUUUUUUAGAUUUAAAAACGCUUUUUUUUCAAAGACUAUUUCAAUUUGUGAGACAAGAGAGUUCGUUUUAUUGUAUUAUUAAAUUUUGACACAACGGGGGCCGAACAAUCAGCAAUGUCCGUCUCACAGAUGGAAAAAAAUCUAUUCAAUCUCAAAUUCGCUGUGAAGGAAUUGGAGAGGAAUUCAAAGAAAUGUGAGAAGGAGGAAAAAUUGGAGAAGGCAAAAAUAAAGAAGGCGAUACAAAAGGGUAAUAUGGAGGGUGCGCGUAUACACGCGGAAAAUGCGAUAAGACAAAAAAAUCAGGCACUAAAUUAUUUACGAAUGAGCGCGCGUGUUGACGCUGUUGCAAGUCGUGUUCAAACUGCAUUGACAACAAGAAAAGUCACGCAAUCAAUGGCAGGCGUUGUUAAGGCAAUGGACGCCGCCAUGAAAUCAAUGAAUUUAGAAAAAAUUUCCGGACUCAUGGAUAAAUUUGAGAGUCAAUUUGAGGAUCUUGAUGUUCAAAGUUCUUAUAUGGAGAAUGCAAUGUCACAAACGACAACGACAAAUGUUCCUCAGAAUGAUGUUGAUUCUUUGAUGCAACAAGUCGCCGAUGAGGCUGGAUUGGAACUAAAUAUGGAACUUCCGUCGGAAAAUUUGAGCACCAUAGGAUCAACGACAACAAUAUCACAAGAACAAGACGAAUUAACUCAACGAUUGGCUCGUCUUCGUGAAUAAUAAAAAAAAAUAAUUUAAGAAUACCAAAAACAAAAAAAAAAUAUAAAUAAAUGCCCAGAUUUACUCUAAGUAUAGUAGAAUAAAAUUUAUUUUUUAGUUAAUAAUAAUAAUAAUUUUAAUCGGAAAACUGAAAGCACUUUUUAUGAUAGGCUAUAAAGCACGCUUCAAAAAAAAAAAAAAGGAUUUAAUUGAAGAAAAAGAAGAUUAUAAAAAAACGACAAUUUUUUUAUUUAUAAAGAGAAAUGUUAUAUUUUUUUUAUAUUAAUAAUAAU